GACAGAGUCCAGAGUCCGCGUUAACGACCUCCAGACACCGGAAGCUGCUCGCGCAGGAGUCGCCGAACAGAGAUCCGGAGAUGAUGCGCUGUCUGCUCUUCUGCUGCUGCUUGUGUUCGCCUCACUUCAGCGCAGCACAGAACGCGUACAGACGCGUCGCGAUUCCAGAGCAGGCUUAUUUCGCCGAGCCCUUCGACGCAGGAGCGCUGGACAGAAACUGGGUUUUGUCCAAAGCAGUGAAAGAUGAGCAGCUGCAGCUUCUCAAAUAUAAUGGAGAGUGGGCUAUAGAGGAGUCCAGAGAGCCCAGGUUAUUAGGAAACAGAGGUCUGGUGCUCAAGUCUCCCGGUAAACACCACGCCAUCUCUGCGUACCUGCGGAAGACCUUUCACUUCACCGACAGACCGCUGUUCCUACAGUACGAGGUCUUCUUCCCCGAGACGGUCGACUGCGGUGGAGCCUACAUCAAGCUGCUUUCUGACGCAGAUGAUCUCCGCUUGAGCCGGUUCAGUGAUGCCACCCCGUACACCAUCAUGUUCGGCCCAGAUAAGUGCGGCAGCUCACACAAGAUCCACUUCAUCGUUCGUCAUCGUGACCCGGUCUCAGGGACGUACCAGGAGAAACACGCUCGACAGCCGGAGCUGGACCUCAGCGAGUACUUCACUGACCAGCGUCCACAUCUCUACAGUCUGAACGUAUAUCCUGACCACACGUUUGAGAUCCUGGUUGACCUGACACUGAUUCAUAAAGGCAGUCUGCUGGAGGACAUGCUCUCCUCACGAGCUGAGGAUCAGGAGGAUUCAUCGAGCGCUGUGUCAGAGCCGUUCACGCUGACCUCCGUGUCUGCGCUGGGCUUUGAGCUGUGGUCUCUCACCGCAGACGUGAUGUUCGACAACAUCUUCCUCUCUGACCGAGUGGAAGAAGCCCAGCGCUGGACACAAGACACGUGGGGCCAGAGGAAGAGCCCCGGAGUGAUUGAGAAGCUGCUGAUGGCGACGCUGAAGAGACCGUGGCUCUGGGGGGUGUACGUGGUCACUGUGGGCCUUCCCAUCAUCCUCUUCAUUAGCUUCAUGUGGCCUGACAAGCGGUUCGGUCCUCCAGAUCAGGACUAUUACUAUAAGAAGACGGACGAGCCUCAGGCGGAGCGGCGUCAGGACGCUGAGGAGCUGCUCUCUCGUGCUGAAGGUCCAGCAGCAGCGGUGGCUGAGAGCAGAGCGGUCAGGAGAGCGAGGAGCACACUCAGCUCAGGUUCAGCACCAUGAAGACGUC